UAACAUUUUCAUUUUCUUACAAUUUAAUUGUCUUUUUUCUUAACUACUACAAUUAACUAUUUUCCAAAUAAAUAAUCAUAUACAUGAACCAUUGUUUUUUUGUUUUGGCCUUUUGGGAAAAUAAAAGUGAAGAAAUAUCUCGGAAACAUCAAAUAGAGAUCAUAACCAGCUAAGCAAGCACCUAUAAAUAAACACGAACACAAGUAACGGCGAGAAGAAAGAAAAAACAAAUCAGAUCACCACAACUUCUUCAACAAUGGCAAACGUUUUCCUCAUCAGUAGCAGAAACAGAAGAUCAAUGCGGACAACAACAGAAUCAAAACCCAAGAAUCUUACGGUGAAGAGAUCAGAUUCAUCUUCAGACUAUAACUACUCAUGCAAGAAACAUCCGAAGCACAGACAAUCUCCUGGAAUAUGUUCCCUUUGUCUUAACGAGAGUCUCUCCAAGUUGUCUAGUGAGUUUUAUGACUAUAGCUCAAGCAUGAGCUCGUCUUCUUUGGCUAAAACGAUGUCGUCUUGCUCCUCCGCUUCUUCGGAAUCAGAAUCAGAUUUUUCUUCGACGGCGAUAUCUUCUUAUUACUCUUCUGUCUCCUCUUGUUUAUCUCCUCUGCAACAUAGAUACAGUGAGAUCGUCGUUAAUAAGAAGAAAAAGAAACAUGUCAAGAAACAAAGCUUCCUCUCUAGAUUAUUUCUGUAAUUAUUUACAACAUUUUUGUGUUAUAUAUUCAUUUGUGCUUCUUUGUUUUUUUUCACACCUUUUUAACACACAGGAGAAAAACUAGACCAAAAAAAAAACAGAGUAAAAAUAAUAAUCACAAGACGAUACAA